AUGCCGCCAGCCAUUGAGAACCCAUACGAGGAACGUCAAGCUCUUUUGCUAGAGCGCAUUAUCAAAAAUGUGGAUUUGCUGAAUGAGGCACUGGGGGAGAUGAAUCGGUCUGUGGCCGACAUUAAUCAGCAUAAUCAAGACAUUACGAUUGUCGCAGAAAUGUGGAAUGGAUACCACCGCAAUGUGGACUUCAAUCUACAGAAUAUGGAGGGAAGCAGUGCGACAUCGUCUUUAUCCCAUCCAUAA